AUGGUAGUAAGCAGUGGACCUCUGAACCCGAAAACGGCGAGCUAUGAGUUUAAUGGUAUAAGUGGUGUGUUGGGCAUUACAUUUGGACUGCCGCUGUUAUGCGUUGUUUUGAACCAAAUGAUUCGCCCUGAUUUCUACAUCGUGGGUUUGUUUACCAAUUUAGACAUCGCAGAAUUAUGGAAUCACAUCAAACCGUUAAAAUGGUAUCUGACCAAUAAAGAAUUGUGGACCUAUUAUCUGACUUGGUUCGGUGUUCUUGCAUUAUUCGAUGUAUUGCUUCCGGGAAAUACCAUCGACGGUGUGGAAUUGCGGGAUGGUACCAAAUUACCAUAUAAGAUCAACGGAAUUGCGCUAACAUCCACCUUGCUCGCAACGUUGACGGUUCGGUGGCAGUUAACCAAGGGCGAAAUGCCAGAACUACAGUAUCUGUACGAGAACCAAACCGACCUAUGCAUCAUCACGGUGAUCUUCGCCUUUGUCAUGGCGUUCUUUCUAUACGCGGCUAGUUUUAUCCCCUUGGCUCAUAAGAACGGCAAAGAGACCCGCGAACGCAUCCUCUCGGUGAGCGGCAACACCGGCAAUCCGGUGUACGAUUGGUUCAUUGGGCGUGAGCUCAACCCGCGCCUUGGUCCGCUCGAUCUAAAGCUGUUCUGCGAACUGCGCCCGGGCCUUCUGCUAUGGUUUCUAAUUAACGUGGCUUGUCUGCACCACCACUAUUUGGCCACUGGCGAGGUCAACAAUGCAAUCCUUUUUGUGACCCUUGCCCAAGGUUUUUACGUUUUCGACGGUGUGCUGAACGAGGAGGGGUGCUUGACAAUGAUGGACAUUACCACUGAUGGAUUCGGCUACAUGCUGGCAUUCGGAGACUUGGCUCUGGUUCCCUUCACGUAUAGUUUGCAGGCGCGUUAUUUGAGUGUGUCUCCAAUCACUUUGAGCAGGCCUUAUUUGGCGUUUUUGAGCUCGACGAUGGCUCUAGGGUACUACAUUUUCCAUUCCGCCAAUAAACAAAAGUCCGACUUCCGGCAAGGGAAACUCCCCCAUUUGAAGAGUAUUGACACGAAGCGCGGCACCAAACUGCUGUGCGACGGCUGGUGGGGCAUCUCGCAACACAUGAACUAUUUUGGUGACUGGCUGAUUUCGCUGAGCUGGUGUUUGGCAACUGGGUUUCAAACUCCCCUAACCUACUACUACUCUCUAUAUUUUGCCGCACUGCUGGUACACCGCCAGCAGCGUGAUGAGCACCUCUGCAAGAUCAAAUAUGGCGACGAUUGGCACAGGUACGAGUCUGAAGUGCCCUACAAGAUCGUGCCGUACGUGUACUAG